UCCAAGUAGGGUUUUUAAGAUUAGGUUCAAUCUUCUGCCUCCAUUUCUCUGCCGCUUUGUCUAGGGUUUCUCUCUUUCUCUCUCUUCAUCUUCUCUCUCACUCUCUCUUACUCUUUCACUAUUUACUACUCUUUCUAUCUCAACAACCAUUUUCAUGGCGUUAUCUGUAAACUAGGGUUUCCAAUCCAUUGUAUCCUGGUAAAUUUUUGUCCGACAAGUUAGGGUUUUUCCAAGGGUUUUCUGAAAAACAGCGAAUAACAAUGGCAACCACUAACCCUUUCGACUUGCUCGACGACGAUGCUGAGGACCCAGCCCUCCUUAUUGCUGCGCAGGAGCAGAAGGUUUCCGCCGUUGUUGCCGGAGAUAAGAAAACUCCGGCAGUCGCUGCUAAGCCUGCUAAACUCCCUACUAAGCCUCUUCCUCCUUCUCAAGCUGUGAGAGAGGCAAGGAAUGAUGGUGGUCGUGGUGGAGGUGGCCGCGGGGGCCGUGGUUAUGGGCGGGGACGUGGUCCAGGUGGACCUAAUAGAGAUUCAACAAAUAAUGAUGAAAUAUAUCCCAACGAGAAUGGGGGUUCUAUGGGAUAUAGGGAGGACAGAGAUAAGCCAUCUGAAAGACGUGGAGGAUAUGGCGGUCCUCGUGGUGGUUAUCGUGGAGGACGACGUGGAGGUUAUGAUAAUGGAGAAGCUGCUGAAGGAGAACGUCCUAGGAGGAUGUAUGAACGCCGUAGUGGCACUGGACGAGGAGGUGAGAUUAAACGUGAGGGUUCUGGUCGUGGAAACUGGGGAUCUCCUACUGAUGAGAUAGCUCCGGAGACUGAAGAACCUGUUGUGGAAAAUGAAGCAGCUGUUGCAGCUGAUAAGCCAGCAGGAGAGGGAGAAAAUGUUGAUGCUGAAAAGGAGAGUCAAGAGAAGGAAGUUGUAGAAGCAGAGCCUGAAGAAAAGGAAAUGACUCUUGAGGAGUAUGAGAAGGUAUUGGAGGAGAAGAGGAAGGCCUUGCUAUCAUUGAAAGGGGAGGAAAGAAAGGUGGAUUUGGACAAGGAGUUUGAAUCUAUGCAGCUGGUUUCAAAGAAGAAGAACGAUGAUGAGGUUUUCAUAAAGCUGGGUUCUGAUAAGGACAAGAGAAAGGAGGCUGCAGAAAGAGAAGAAAGGUCCAAGAAGUCUGUGAGCAUCAAUGAAUUUCUUAAGCCUGCCGAGGGUGACGGAUACCACAGGCGUGGAAGAGGAAGAGGCCGUGGUGGUAGGGGAGGCUAUGGUGGAGGAUACGGCAUGAACAAUGCAUCUGCUCCUUCUAUUGAGGAUCCCAAUCAAUUCCCAUCUUUGGGUGCGAACUGAGUUUUUGUCCGUUUGUCUUAGUUAUUUUUGGGUCUUUCUUAUAUUUUGAGACUUAUUUAUGAUGUUCAGGAGCCUCAUCAAUUACAAAAAAAGAUAUUUGACAGGAAUAAUGUGUUUUUCCUGUUUUAAGAGUGUAAAUCUUAGAUGUUUCAUCUUUCAAUUUUUGGCUUUGUUA